UUGAAAAAAAAUUAAAAUCUGUACAUUAAAUCUAAUCUAUAGCUUAAUACAACAAAUUAAAAUUUACCUGCUUAAAAAUAAAUUAUCUUGAUAUAAUGAGUAUAAAUUAAUAACCCUAACAGAAAAUAAAGCACAGUCUUGGAUCGAGUAAAAUUUCAAAAUGAUACAUAGUGUAUUCUUUGCUCUUAGUCUCCUGGCUUUCUCUCAGGCUGCAGUCCUUGACUGGGAUUCUUUAAUACCAAGAAUUAUCAAUGGACAAGAUGCAAAACCAGGAGAAAUUCCAUAUCAGGUGUCACUUCAAACUGUAGCGCAAAAGUUUCAUUUUUGCGGUGGAUCAAUUUUGAAUGAAAAUUUUGUGAUCACUGCAGCCCACUGUGUCGUAGGUAAUAAACCAGUGAACAUACAAGUCGUUGUUGGUACCUUAAAAUUAAGUAAACCAAAAUCUGUACAUCUUGUUGAAGAGAUUAUUACUCAUAAGGAAUACAAUCCAAAAGAUGCUUGGAAGAAUGAUAUUGCUUUGCUUAGAGUAAAAGAACCAUUUGUCAUGAAUGAUGAAAUCAAAAUGAUUCCUCUACCAAAACAUAAUGCAAAAUUUGAACCAAAUCAGAAAGCUGUUGUUUCAGGAUGGGGUAGACUUUUGUUUAAUGGACCAACUCCAGAUCAUUUACAACGAGCUGAUCUUGUUAUUGCUGAUCAAGCCUAUUGUGUAAAAAAAUACUCCGAAUUUGGACUCUCUGUUCAUGAUAGUCAAAUAUGUGCCUACGAUCCUAAAGUGAUGAGAGGAUCAUGCAAUGGUGAUUCAGGUGGUCCAUUGACUGUCAAUGGGGUUCUUGUUGGUCUUGUAUCAUGGGCCAAUGGUUGUGCAAAAACUGAUUACCCCACAGUUUAUACUAGAGUUCCAGAAUUUUUGGAUUGGAUCGCACAACACGCGGUUUAAUUUUUUUUCCUUCAAUCAGUAUUUCAUAUAUUUAUUUUAUAUAUAUACAAUUAUUCAAAUAUAAACAGUAUUUUUGUAAAUUUUUUAAAUCUUAUGUUAUAAAGUACUUUAUUAUUUAAAACAAUAA